CUUCGAAUACCAUGCGAACCCGUCGUCUCGUCAAGGAUACCAUUACUUAUUCGGCUGCUCAAGACCGGGAGGAUAAUGUCCUGCACCAAUUGCAGUACUAUGAUGCACAACUCUUGUUCUUCUCUCGGUUGAAUGAAAAUACUGACUGGAUGAGAAGGGUUGUCACCCAUCAUCUACAGCUGGGGCCAUUUAAUCGAUGCCAUGUUGCAAACGCAGAAGACUGGAUAUAUGGCAGUUUUAACGUUUGCGUUCCAGUCAUGAUUGAUGGGUGGAACCAGCGGAAGCAGCCGGGACAUCGGGUUUUGCUUCGGUUUCCUCUGCCUUAUCGGGUUGGUGAAGAGCAUCGACCUGGAAAUGGCGAUGAAAAGAUUCGAUGCGAAGCGGGCACGUAUGCAUGGGUUCAAGAAAACUGUCCAGACGUGCCCAUUCCACGUCUCUACGGGUUCGCAUUGUCCACGGGCGAAAGCUUUACUCAGAUCGAUCAUUUGCCCAUCCUCGCCCGAUGCCUUCGAAAGCUGCGCCGACGAUGCCUCUCCUUCCUAGGUCUCAAAGAACCGUCGUGCUACGUCCCCGAUCAAAUCACAGCGUCUCCCCAUGUUGUCGGUGCUGGGUAUUUAUUAAUAGAAAACAUCAAGAAGUCACAAGGAACAAUGCUCUCCGAUAUAUGGCCGGAGAGCCAUUCAGAUAUGAAGCUACGUGCAAAUUUCUUCCGCAGCCUUUCGAGAAUACUACUGAGUAUUAGCCGAAUCCCAUUACCCCGAAUCGGGUCCUUUAUAAUCGAUAACAAUGGAUACCUCUUGCUCAAUAACCGACCACUUUCAAUGGAAAUCCAGAUGAUGGAAAAUGAGGGGAUUUUUAAUGAUAUCUCCCGUGACUUUACGUAUACAACCGUUGAAUCCUAUACGGCGGACAUCCUCAGUAUUCAUGACAACCGCCUGCGGAGUCAACUAAAUGCGGUGAAUGAUGUAUCUGAUUGCACUAUUCAAAUGGCGACACUAACGGCCAUGCGGGCUGUAUUACCUGCUUUUUUCUCUCGAGAAUUGCGCCGUGGACCGUUCAUCUUCUCCUUGACGGACUUGCACCAGAGUAAUAUUUUUGUUGACAAUAAUUGGAAUAUAACUUGUCUAAUUGACCUUGAAUGGGCAUGCUCUCGACAGAUUGAAAUGGUUGAGCCUCCAUAUUGGCUAACUGGGAAAGGUGUUGAUCAGAUUGAUGUAGAUGAAUAUGAUAUCUCCCGGAAAGAAUUAAUGAGUAUCCUUGAGACAGAGGAAGCCGCGAGUACUGAUAGAAAAAUACUGCGAUUGUCUGAAGUUCUUGCUCGUACAUGGGCUACCGGGACUUUCUGGGUUAUUCUAGCUCUAUCCAGCCCCUCUGGUCUUUUUACAAUCUUUGCAAAGGACAUAUAUCUAUUAUUUUCUUGCGAAGGCAGCCCUGAUGAUGGGGCUUUACCGUUUUUUUGGACUAAAAAUGUACCGCAGUUCGUGAAUUGUAAAGUCUCUGAGAAGGCGGAGUAUGAUCGGAAUCUCCAGUUGGUUUUUGAGGACUUAGCUUGA